AGAGGAUCGCAUAGUUUCCACCACCAUCACGAAUAGUUUGAGAAUUCGGAAGCUUGGAUUGAUUUGGGAUAUAAGGGUUUUCGUUCUCUGAGGAAGACUUCGAGGGACUUACAGUGAUUUGCCAAUGACGUUGCCUCCAGGACUUUACUCCGGCACCAGCUCCCUUGCUCUCGUGGCUCGUGCUUCGGCUUUUGGCAUGGGUCUCGUCUACGGGAAUAUGAAGCUCAAGGUCUUGAAGAUAAAAACGAAGUCACAAAAGAAGGUUGAAGCCAGUGCUCAUCAUUAAACCAAUUCCUCUCUCUUUACAAUAAGAAGCCAAAAGCUGGGGGGUGAUGUCUCCCCGGUUAGCAAUUUUUUUGUUCUCGCUCAUGAUUCAUCUUUUAGAUUAACAAACAAGUAACAAUUGUGUGAUUACAAAUUAUCAUAUACGGUUUUGAGACCUUUUCGGAGCCAAAGUUGCCACUCGUUUUGUUGGUCUAAAUAUCAGCCGUAGAAAAGGAUCAAAGAUGCAAUAAAUUGGCACCUCCAAGCA